ACAAUUGUUUUUUCUGGUCAUAAUGUCACGAGACACAGCAGAAACAACUAUAUAUUCGCAGUAAACUAGACGUUUUAAAUAUUACUGAAAUUUGGCAAUAAUUUGCAUAAAACUAGCAAUAUGCAUAAAUACAACGCAAUAAGCAUUUUUCUUGUGGCGUUGAUGGUUUCCCAAGGAACAAGUAUACCAAAACCAUCGGAAAAGGCUAAAAUGGGAAGGUAUAUUAUCCACAAUGUUGACUGGAUAUCCAUUGCAACAAUUUCCACAUUAGACCAAAUUAAAAGUUAUCCAUUUGUCAAUUUGAAAUCAGUUGCUGAUGGCCCAGCGAAAAAUGGUACUGGAAUUCCGUAUUUGUUGAUGACUGAUUUGGACUUGAGUGGCAGAGACGUUAAAGUAGAUAAUCGAGUAACUGUGUUGGCAAGUUUAGCUGAAGUUGCUUACUGCUCUAAAAAGGAAUACGAUCCUCAAGAUCCAAGAUGUGGCCGCCUUAUAAUCACAGGAAAACUAUUACAGAUACCAAUCGGAACCGACGAAUUUCGUUUUGCUCACACUGCGUUAAUCACCAAGCAUCCUGUGAUGGCGUCUUGGGAAAAAGUUCAUAAGUUUUAUCUAGCAAAAAUUGACAUUGAACAAGUUUGUGUUCUGGAUUAUUUCGGAGGUGCUUCAUUCGUACCCGUUGAUGAAUAUUUACAAGUGAGUCCUGAACAAUACGAACAAUAUUCACCUGACAAUGUUGUUCCAACUGUAAAGGCCGAAUAACACGAGCAGGGAAUGUAAUUAUGAAUACAAUGCGCUGAAUAAAUGCAUAAUAUGUAAUCAAUCGAA